AUGGAUACUACUGACGACAGAGUAGAAACAAGAAACUACAUUCUUAGUUUAUGUUCAGCACUUGGUGCUCAUGAAGAGCUUCCUUCUGCAGACGGAACAAGGCAAUACUCUGUAGGCGACGAAGCUCUUGCAUGUCUAAGAGACCUUAAGAGAGCUAUUCGUGUUGACAGCGAAUAUAAAGAAAAGACUGUACUCAAUACGAUUGCCGAGUUUAAUAUCAUUGAAUCUGACAUCGUCCCUCUCAUGUUAUCAUUUGAAGGUCAAUCAACAGAGAUCGCUAAUAGAUUCAUACUGGCAUGUGUCGAGUUACUCGUACCUAUGACCUGGCCUAUUGAGAAAAGCCUUGAUGAUGAAGAAGAAGACGAAUAUGAUCCUAAUAUGAUUGACUGCUACAGAAAAUAUAAAUUAGGCCUAUUAAAGCCAGGUGUAUUUGAAGUCAUUUUACGCUUGGUUGAACCAGCUGUUCGCAUCCCAUACAGUGAACGAUCCAUACGAGAUAAUACAGUCAUUCGGCUUGUCCUAUACUUUUUUCGCAACUUAUCAGCUAUUCCCGAUUUAAAUCUAUCACUGGCAGGAACAGUCGAGCAGAUCAAGAUGUCACAUAUGCAGGAAGACCUCAUGAUUCGAUUUUAUGAAGCAGACGUGAUCGAACUCUUAUUGACCAUCUCAUCUAAUAGUAUCAACAAACAAGAUUCAUCAGAGUGGAAUGUGCUUGUUUUAGAAAUCCUAUACAAUAUCUUUCAACAUGCUGACCCAAAAACCGUCUUUUCUUACAAACACACUUCUGAUACAAAAAAUGUGGGAUUAAAUGAACUAUCAGCUAAAUUAUCAGAAAUGCUUACAGUAGAGAAGGCUCAAAAACGACAGAAAAUAGCACAUGGACCAACAAGACAUAAUAGGUUUGGUGGAACAUAUGUAUUGGAAGAUUGGGAAGGAAACAAAAAAGUCUUUCAUAAACAACAGGCUGGAUUUGCUGAUGUAAGCGAAUUGGUAGAUGGAGACAAGAAGAUCAGCAGAGUAGGCCUCAAGCGUAAACUUGCAGAUGAAAUUAGAGCUAGAAAGGUGUAUCAAGAUUCUCGAUGUUUACUCUAUCUUAAAGCAACUGCACAAUCUUUUGUGGAAACUUGUUUUAAUGCAUUAUUUUCAUCUGUAUUAAAGGAUAUGAAAAGAGACGAUAAAAAGAUUGUAGACAAAGACUAUAUUCGCUACUAUUUCUGUAUGGGAUGGUUCCUACAGUAUCAUCUUUAUGAAAACAAGACGAGUAAAGCGAGAAAAGCCAAUACGUUAUGCCUACCUUCAAGACAAGAUGAAAGAAAUAUAUUGAACAAGUCAUUUGAUUUUGAUUUAGUUGCUACAGCAUUUGAUUUAGGCACAAUAUUAUUUUGUAUACAUUACAUUCGACAAAAGCAAGAAGAAAAGAAAUGGUUUGAAGUAACUGUGACAGCAGAUUGCUUUAGGCAAAUGCUGGUUAGUUUACACGAGAUGAGUCAAUCAGAAGAAGAAGAGUAUCGCGACGCUGCAGAACAUAUUCAAAGUAAUUUAUAUUAUGAGCAGUCGAUUCUCGAUCUACUUCACAGCCUUGUAAAAAACUACCGUAACCAAUCCAAGCAAUAUUUGAAGACUAUGGUCAUGCUUACUCAUGUUCUGCUAAAAAUGCUGGAUCAUUAUGCUAAAACAAAAAAGACUUUAUUUGUACGAAAAAAGAGAAAUGAACGCUCUAGAAAAAAGAAAGAUAAAAAGAAACAGAUGGUCGAAGAUAGCGAAGAACCAGAGGAAGUACAAAUGGAUGAAAGUGAAGGAAACGAAAGUGAAGAAGAUCAUGGUUCUGCAUAUAAUGAACAGCUAUUUAAAUUUGAAGGCUUCGAAAAGAAAUACAUGAAUGAGGAUGUUAUUCGCACAUAUUGUACUUUACUGGAAUACUAUGCUGAUCUGGAACCUGAAUACAUCCACUACAUCACCAGCUUCUUUCACAGGGCCAUGGUAAAAAGAAAGGCAGAAUAUCUGUUCUGGAAGCUGCCUGUCAUGGAAUUAUUCAAUCGCAUCUUAAUAUACAGUAGCAAUUUCCCUAAAACAGAGGCACACAGCCAACUUAAAGAAUUCAUUCGCUAUUCAACAAGGCUAUUUUUCAAAUAUGCCAGUGUAUAUCCUUUAUUAUUUGUCGAAGCACUUGUGCCUAGUAUCAAGACAAAUACAGACGAACUGGACAAAAUCAUGGCGAUCCCUCAAGCAGAGACCGUGGCCGAAAAUACAUUGUAA